AUGUCGGCGGAAUAUGCUGCGCGCAUGGAGAUUCUGCAGCGCAAACGCGAAGAGCUGUACGCCAUCCUUGUCGUGUUGACGGCUCAGCGGCAGGCGAUCGAGAAGCGACUGGCGCUGCGUGAGGCGACUGCAGCCGAGUUCAGCGCCGUUGCGCUCCAGAGCUGUAAGCAGAAAUGGAAAGCGCAGCGGAAUGCCGCGAUCGCCGCUAGGAAGCGCAACGAUGAAUUUGUACGCUCGUUGCAUGAGGCGCAGAAACAAGUGCACGACACUUGGAGCAGAUUACACAGCGACCAGUCGAGUAGAAGCGCGCUCCUGGCUCAGGAGAAAGCACGAUACAACCGCCGAGUGGAGCAGAUAUAUCCCGCAUGGCAGGAGCAGCUGCAGCGACAGCGCGUGCAGAGGCUGAGGGAGCUCGAGGACAAGAAGAGAGCGGUGGAGAGACGCAGAUAUCUUGCCAAGAAGAGCUUUGAGAAGGAACAAACACUGGACGAUUUGAUUCGGAAGACGCGUCACGAAGUGGAAAUGGCGGAGAGUCUGGAGCAGAACGAGCUAUACGAGAGAGAUUUAUUGCGCACACAGAGCACCAACCAAGCCAAGGAGGUUGAUCAGAGUAUUCGCGACGUGGCUUUAGAAGCGAGAAGUGUUCUUCAGCAGCAAGCGGCAAAGCACUUCGAAGCGAGGCCUGAGCUGGACGAAGAACUUGCAGCAUUUGCGGAGGACCAACUUUACGCAGAAGAGAAGCCUGUGCGACAGAUUCGAGUUGAAAUUCCGACACGAAUGGACACACCUACACGGGGAUACUAUGCUGAAGUCAGCCAGCAAGGUCAAAACGAAGAGUAUUCGGGUGAUGAAUACUUCGAAGACGCCUUUGUCGAUGAGACUCGACGCGAGAGACUGGCACCUUUCAGCUCCACAACGACCGGUAAAUACGAUCCAAACUCGUACGCUGGAAACGAUGACGCCAGUUUUCAGCAAAGUAGCUACAGGAACCAACCAGCGGCAGGUGUACACAAUGCCCCAUCUUGGGCUGCAGCUGGACACACUUUCUCGCUGACAACAUCGUACCCAGAGAUUUCGCGAAAGAGUCAGCAAAGCCCAGCUCCACCCAGCACUCUUGAUCGCAGCACUAACCAUGAACAAGUAUCCGUCCAGUCCGUGGAAGACUUGUCCUCCAUGAUAACCGGUAAAUUGUACCCCAUUCCCGAGGUAAACGAGCCGAUCUUUUCCAGUCGAGCGAUUUCAAUGGCGCCAGACAGAAUAGCUAUUCGAGACUACGAGGUCAGAGACAUACUUGGGCGCUAUGGCUCUGGUGUUGCAACGAUGCCCGUGACGACAGCUGCGGACGAACCACCAGUACAUUCUCUUCCAAUUAAGAGUGAAGAAAGCCGAGGAACAAGCUCUCCAGCCACACCCGUCACAAAUGUACAUCUCGUCGAUGACACGUGGUCUGCCCGUGCGGAUACAAAUCGACCGAUUGGGCGUCAAGAUCAUGUACGAGCUCCGAAGGUUUUAAUCCCAGAAGCCAAAAGCCAAAGGCCUCCAGCGAUUAGCAUCCCAUUGCCCACUGAUUCACAUUUGACAAACUCGUUCACCACUGCAAGAGCUACCAUGGAUCCAGUUGAGGUGGCAUUGCAUGGAUCGAGCGAUCAGCUUCGUAAUAAGACAGAAAACGAAGCUGCUCUGUCGGAAGUAAAGCCUCCAGUGGAUGAUUUAUCGCUGAGCGUAGACACUGUCAGUACUCCAAGCCUACCCGACAACACCAGCACACCCGCUAUCGCAGCUUCUGGAGAAUGGCUCGAGACGACAGAAAUUUCAGCGGAAGAUAGCGACACCAACCAACUACAGAAGACAGACUCUUUUGACGAUCAGGAGGCCGAACAGGCUCUUAACCAGGACAGUGCGAGCAAGAGCGACUCAUUCCACGACGCAGCCCCACUCGGUCACACGACGAUAAAAGCGACCUUACCGGUGACGGAGACGUCUGCAGUGGAUGCUGCUGAAGUUGCAGUAGAGAAAAUAGAAAAACCCAGCGUGAAGGCAGUGGCCGGGGUGUCUGGAGGUCUACCACCGCCGAUCUCGUACAGAUUGGACCUGCUGGAGUCCUUUUCCGCGGCCUCAACGCCGCGCAAUGCGCAGCACUCGGAAGAUGACAUGGUGCUAACCAGCAUGCAAAGUGACGACUUCGAUAUGUCGGCGAACAGCACGAAAUCAACAACUGCAGAUACCAAGCCGAUCGCUCCGAGCAACGAUGAAUCUGUGGCUCCCAACGUCAAUACCGGUACUGACGUGGCCUCGGUUGAAGACCUCGUGAGUCCACCCGAGCCGUCAACUCCAGCUCUAGAAGAGGUGAAACCUGCGUCACUUACUGAAAAGCUGGCACCGGUGGACCGAGUGAAGGCCCUUGGAGCUUUGAUAUGCCGGGUAGAGGAAGUACUCUUCCCACCGAAAGCGUUCGAAGGGAUCAUGAACGACCAAAAGAUCCGCAAACUUCACCAGAGCAACAAGGAGAAGCAACUCGACUCGUGGAAAGCGCUGUCGGGUCACCUGAAGCAACUCGCGCAGCUAAGCGCAGUACCUACAGGUACCCUUGUCGAGUUGUUCGUAGCAGCUUUCCUCGCCCACGACCCUGACAACCAGCGAUCACAGCGAAAGCUCCGUGAGUUCAUCGUCACAGUUUGUGGAGGCGGUGACAGCAAGACGUCAAUUCCUCGUAAAGAGACCUUUGGCUCCUCGAAGCCGUCGUCUUCACAUUGGCAAGAACAGCACACAUCUAGUCCAGAAACUGCGAAACUUGCCGAGCCUGCCGAACCCGAGGGCAGGAUCGGGACCCCACAGCUGCUGCAAACGGCGUUCCUGCAGCGACAAAGUCCACCGAAGCCCAAGGUGUUCGGAAUCGCAUCGUCAAGCUUCAAGGACCGAUCAAGCGGGUCUUCCGACGUGCUCAUGUCCAUGAGUUCCAGGCCCAUGAAGCUUUCUCAAAAGUUGAUGCGCGGCGGCAAGAUGAACGACUACUCGGAGUUCGAGGAAGAAGAGGAGGUGGAUCUGCAAAACCUCAUCGGCACGAAGCCCACGUUCGCCUCCGGGUCUUCGGCACUGAGCCGAUCGCAUCAAGCGUCCAAAACAUCUCCGACUGCCAGGACGACUGGGAGAUCGACUGCUGUCGAAGAGGAGAGCGACGAGUUCAACGCCGACUUCUAG